GCCCACAGCAGGUGCGGUGUUCGUCCUGGGUCGACCGGCCGCUCGCGCUGCCCUGAAACUCUAGUCGCCAGAGAGGCGGCAUGGGUUUCCGGAAGUUCUCCCCUUUCCUGGCUCUCAGUAUCUUGGUCCUGUACCAGGCGGGCAGCCUCCAGGCGGCGCCAUUCAGGUCUGCCCUGGAGAGCAGCCCAGACCCGGCCACACUCAGUAAAGAGGACGCGCACCUCCUGCUGGCUGCACUGGUGCAGGACUAUGUGCAGAUGAAGGCCAGUGAGCUGAAGCAGGAGCAGGAGACACAGGGCUCCAGCUCCGCUGCCCAGAAGAGAGCCUGCAGCACUGCCACCUGUGUGACUCAUCGGCUGGCAGGCUUGCUGAGCAGAUCAGGGGGCAUGGUGAAAAGCAACUUCGUGCCCACCAAUGUGGGUUCCAAAGCCUUUGGCAGGCGCCGCAGGGACCUUCAAGCCUGAGCAGAUGAAUGACUCCAGAAAGAAGGUUAUCAUGAAACUGAACUCACCAUUUCUAUUAAUUUCUGUUGGUAACAACUUGGUGAGAAUGCCCCAUGGAAGAUUUACAUGUUUGCAUCCUAAGAUACUGAAAAAAAGGCACCUUUGUCACUUGAAAGGAAUGAAACUGAAUGCAAAAUAAGCUAAUUCCAUAUUUGCUGUGCAUCAUUUUUAUAUUUAAUUCUAUGUCUGGUAAAAGUGAUGGCAUCUCUCAUUGACUAUCUGGUAGCAAACUGGUUCUUUUGGAGCCAUCCUGUUGAUCAUGCAGCUCCACCAAACCUUAGGGCGACAUGAAAUCACUGCCUGUUGUGGUCUCCGAGGACACAUGGUAAUGGUGAUGCUGUGCCUUGUUAUCUAAGAACAUGAUUGUAUAAUUUGUUUGAGAAAAUGUCAAUAUUGUGCCAUUUGUGAACUUCAUCAAGAUUAAAAGCAUAUUUUGGGUACAUUUGUUUCAAAACCUUGGUGAUGCAUUACAACUUGUUUUCCUAUGUAAUAAUAAUGAUGAUGAUGAUGAUAAUAAUAAAUAUUUUUGAGUGCUUACUA